AACAGAAUUUCAUGUCUGCUUGGGCAUAUGCUGACAAAGUAAACAUGACAAACGGUUUUUGUUAUCAUUAUUUGCGGUUUCAAAGUUCACCGUAAACUUUAUCAGAGAAAAAAAAUGUUGCGUACACUCGGUGGUUCUGCUCUUCUUGCACACACUAAGCGCCUCACGAUGGACCGACAACUUUGCAGUGCAGCAGGAGUUGCAGCUAAGAGGCUCACCGGCAAAGUGGCCGUUGUCACGGCGUCAACCGAAGGUAUCGGGUUUGCCAUCGCAGAACGGCUCGGACAAGAGGGAGCCAAAGUGGUCAUUAGCAGUCGAAAGCACCAGAACGUUGAUCGCGCCGUGAGCGAUCUUCAGAAGGCGGGACUCGAGGUGACGGGAAUCAAGUGUCACGUUGCCAAUGCAGCCGACCGGCAGGCGCUUUUCAACCAUGCGGCCAGCAAGUACGGUGGUAUCGAUAUCCUCGUGUCCAAUGCUGCCGUCAAUCCGGAAGUCGGUGGAGUGCUGGAAUGCAGCGAGUCAGCCUGGGAUAAAAUAUUUGAAGUGAAUGUGAAAUGCUCGUAUCUGCUGGCCAAGGAAGUGCUACCUUACAUUCGAAAGCGCCAAGGUGGUAGCAUCGUGUUCAUCUCUUCUAUCGCUGGCUUCCAGCCAUUCCAGUUGUUGGGCGCUUACUCGGUCAGCAAAACGGCUCUGUUUGGCCUCACGAAAGCUGCCAGUCUGGACCUGGCCGCAGAGAACAUCCGUGUCAACUGUAUAGCGCCCGGCGUUGUAGAAACCAAAUUUGCGGGAGCACUCCAGGACUCGGAAACGGCCAAAGAAGAAACACUGUCGCACAUUCCAUUGGGCAGGAUCGCUCAACCGAAGGAGAUCUCCGGUGUUUGUGCAUUCCUGGUUUCGGAUGAUGCUAGUUACAUUACUGGCGAGACGAUCGUCGCAUCCGGUGGCAUGGCUUCCCGUUUGUAAUGGGAUGCAUUCGUUUAUUAACGGGGCAUAGGGUUUGUUGGUUCAUAAUAAAGUUGUUAACUCUCUACUAAC